AUGGAGAGUAUGGCACUGAAUUCUCCAUCCACCACGGCCGACUUCUGCCGUCGCUCCUUCCCCCACCUCCGCCACCGUCCUUCAGCCACCAAUCUCCGCCCCAUCUCCUCCCUCAAGAGCCACGCUACUACACUCUCCACUACCCAAAAAUUCAAUCUCUUUAAUCCCAUAAAAUUCUCGAUUCAAAAUCCCCAGAAAUUCAGUCCCUGCAGCUCCUCAUCUGCCGAAAAUACGCCAGUAGCCGUUGAUUCAAAAUCCCAGAAUCCCCCACCACAAGGCGCAAAAAUCAUUCCUUUAAUCCUCUCCCUUUCCAUAGGUCUUAUAGUUCGAUUCGUCGUCCCUAAACCCCCUGAGGUCUCCCCACAAGCGUGGCAAUUGCUCUCCAUUUUCCUCUCCACCAUCGCAGGCCUUGUUCUUAGCCCGCUCCCUGUUGGCGCCUGGGCUUUUCUGGGCCUUACCACUUCAGUUAUAACCAAAACCCUUACCUUUUCUACUGCCUUCAGCGCCUUCACCAAUGAGGUCAUCUGGCUGAUUGUAAUAUCUUUCUUCUUCGCCCGUGGGUUCGUGAAAACUGGUCUUGGUGAUCGGAUAGCAACGUAUUUUGUGAAAUUGUUGGGAAAGAGUACGCUGGGAUUGUCAUACGGGUUGACUUUGAGUGAGGCGUUGAUUGCACCGGCGAUGCCGAGUACCACUGCCAGGGCCGGAGGGGUUUUCUUGCCAAUUAUUAAGUCAUUGUCACUCUCUGCCGGGAGUAAUCCCGGGGAACCAUCAAAGAAGAAGCUUGGAUCUUAUUUAGUACAAUCUCAAUUUCAGUCCGCUGGUAACUCUAGUGCUCUUUUCCUAACUGCAGCAGCUCAAAACCUUCUGUGCCUAAAGCUGGCUGAGGAACUUGGGGUAGUAAUUACGAGCCCAUGGGUUUCUUGGUUCAAGGCUGCUAGUUUACCUGCUUUUGCUUGUCUUAUAGCUACUCCAUACAUCUUGUACAAACUUUAUCCCCCUGAAACGAAAGAUACACCAGAGGCCCCUGCUAUGGCUGCAAAGAAACUGGACCUUAUGGGCCCUGUCACAAGAAAUGAAUGGGUGAUGAUUGGUACAAUGCUUCUUGCAGUUUCUUUGUGGGUUUUUGGAGAUGCCAUUGGUAUUGCAAGUGUUGUUGCUGCCAUGCUCGGCUUGUCAAUACUCUUGUUGUUGGGAGUGCUUGAUUGGGACGACUGUUUAAGUGAAAAAUCAGCAUGGGAUACUUUGGCUUGGUUUGCAGUUCUAGUGGGAAUGGCAGGGCAGUUGACGAAUCUUGGCAUUGUGAGGUGGAUGUCUGGUUGCGUAGCCAAAUCCCUUCAGUCGUUAUCAUUGAGCUGGCCAGCUGCAUUUGUUGUUCUUCAGGCCGCCUACUUUUUGAUCCACUACUUAUUUGCAAGCCAAACAGGCCACGUGGGAGCAUUGUACUCUGCCUUUCUUGCAAUGAACUUGGCAUCUGGAGUUCCCGGUGUAUUGGCAGCAUUGGCUCUUGCUUAUAAUACCAACCUAUUUGGCGCUUUGACGCAUUACAGCAGUGGUCAAGCUGCCGUGUACUUUGGAGCUGGUUAUGUAGAUCUCCCGGAUAUCUUCAAGUUUGGAUUCAUAAUGGCCGUGAUUAAUGCAGUAAUCUGGGGAGUUGUCGGGACAUUUUGGUGGAAGUUCUUGGGCCUCUACUGA